AUGCCAGAUAGUGUGUGCCUGUUUCAUGGUCAGAACUAUGACAAGCUGAAGCGGGCAUGUUUGAGAAGAGGGGCUCUCUUUCAAGACCCAUACUUUCCUGCCUCUGCACAGUCCCUUUUCUACAAGAGAACACCACCUCCAGGACUCACUUGGAAGAGACCAGGGGAGCUGUGUAAGGACCCUCGACUUUUCGUGGAUGGUAUCAGCACCAGAGAUUUGCAUCAGGGAAGUCUGGGUAACUGCUGGAUGGUGGCAGCUACUUCCUGUUUGGCCACAGAGCCAUCACUUUGGAAAAAGGUCAUCCCAAAUCACAUAGAGCAGGAGUGGAACCCCAAGCGUCCAGACCUGUAUGCAGGAAUUUUCCACUUCCGUUUCUGGCGUCUGGGUCAGUGGACAGACGUGGUGGUGGAUGACCGUUUACCGGUCAGUGAGGAUGGGACUCUACUCUUCUGUCGCUCAGCCACACCAAGGGAGUUCUGGAGUGCCUUGCUGGAGAAAGCUUAUGCCAAACUGAAUGGCUGUUAUGAAGCUUUGGAGGGAGGAAACACUGCUGAAGCUUUGGUAGAUUUUACUGGAGGAGUGUCUGAACCACUUAGUCUGGAUAGAGAAGCCUUAAGUCAUCAUGCUGACCAAAGGAGGGAGUUGUUCCAGACACUAGCCAGAGCACACAGCUGCAAAGCUCUCAUCACAUGCUCCAUACGGCCUGCAGAAGGAGAGCAGGUGGAGUCUGUUUUGGAGUGUGGUUUAGUAAAGGGCCAUGCUUACAGUGUUACUGCAGUUAGGAAGAUCCGUGUGGGGGAGAAUCUGCAAGCUGUCUGCAGAACAUCCCGGAUGUGCAUGGUGCGCAUGAGGAACCCAUGGGGCACAGCAGAUUGGACAGGGGCCUGGAGCCAGGGGUCGCAGCAUUGGCAGCAGUUGGUUCGCAGUGAAAGAGAGAAGAUGGGGCUUAUCGUAAGGGAUGUGGGAGAGUUUUGGAUGGAUUUUGAAGACUUCUGCCACUACUUCACAGAUAUGGUGGUGUGCAGGCUGGUGGAACGAUGCUGGCUCUGGCCUUUGGGUCACUGGAGAGAAACAUGCUGUCAUGGAGAGUGGACUCAUGCUCCCCAAGACUCAACAGCCCCAGUUGCUCCUUUCCUCUUCAACACCAGGAACACAAGUUCCCAAUGGUCCCUUCCUGCUAAAGCUCCAAGAGGAGACAGGAAGGAAGAGAGGCUACAUGAGAAGAGGGACCACCAAGUAAAAGAAAGAAAGGAAAAGUGUGAACAGAAUGCUAGAAAAAUGCAGAACUCUGGGAUUACGUACAGAGAAGCUCCGAUGCCAAAGAAACAAAGGGAGAUUCAGAGAAAUAACAAAGUAGUGGUGGAGGAAAGAUGGGAGAGAGAAAUGGACAAGAGAAGUAGAUGCGGGGGAUGUAUAAACCAUCAAGACACAUUUCUUAAUAACCCACAGUUCAUGUUUGACGUAGAAGGUGAAGAGGAUGAAGUGCUGAUCUGCCUGCAGCAAGAGGACAAAAGAAUGAAAAGAAGGGAAGGAGGAGGUGAAAAUCUUCCAAUAGGCUUUGAAGUGCUCAGGGUUGAGGUAAAUCGUGUGAGUAGGGUGCAAUGUUUUAUCGAGCAGACAGCCAGUUCUGUGUAUAUAGACUCCCGCAGCGUUACCCUGCGUGUGACCCUUAAGCCAGGUCGUUAUGCCCUUCUGCCCACCACUUUCCAACCUGGAGCCACUGGCAGCUUUUUACUCCGAGUCUUCUCACACAAGCGUAUUAAGCUCAGGGAGCUGAAGGAGGAGUUGCCUGCUCCAUCUAUCUGGCACUGUUGCAUUCCUCCGCCAUGUGCUGUUACAACAGUGCACCUGCACAGAGCUUCCAGAUUCAGCAAACCCAAACAACCAGCUCCAGAUGUGUAUGCUGUUAUUAGAUGUGAGGAGGACACUGUGAGGACACGUGUCUUUAAAAAGGAUGGAAGUCCUGAAUUUAAUACCAAAGUGAUUUUCUACAGAAGAAGACCUAAAAUGAAAAUCUACAUAGUGCUGUGGAGGAGAGGUUUACUGUUUGACUCAUUCCUUGGAGGAGCUUAUCUUCAGACUGGGGCCAAUGAAAUAAGCAGGAACAGAGUGAUUGAACUGCAAGGUGGACAGUGCCAUGGCUACAUCUAUGUGGAGACUUCCACCAGUCAGUGCCUGACUGAUUUAUAACUACAAUGGUGCUGGUGUAUUAGUGACAACUAAUUGGGAGAACCAGUGAGGGACCAGAAUUAAGAGUUUGGGAUGCUUUGGAAUUACCUGGAUUUUAGCAGUAAUUACUCAUAUAAUGCUGUCUAUAUUUCAACCAAGUCAAUGUACAUUACAAAUACAUCAUAAACUAACUACACACAAUUGUUUACACACUGAUUACAUUAGGAUUAAGACUGUGAUUG